CCGAAAGCCUCACUCCUCAAAAUCUCUGCACCCUUCCCCUCAAAUUUCAAUCUUCGAGAUAAAUCCUACAACAAAGAAACCAUGGCCUCCUCCAACCUCCAAUACAUCCCGCGCAGCACCGAAACCUUGCUCGACAUUGCCGCCGACGUGAUCCGCCUUCUCCGCGCGACCGGCGAGACGGUCGGUGUGGCCGAGUCCCUCACGGCCGGAGGCGUCAUGACGGCGCUGACAUCCGUCCCCGGCGCCAGCGCCGCCUUCCGCGGAGGGGUCGUCUCGUACGCCACCCCGCUGAAGCAGCUGCCCCUCAGCGUCGAUGCCGGGCUCAUUGCCCGCGAAGGCGUCAUACACGCCGACGUCGCAAUCCAGAUGGCCGAGGGCGCGAGGACGGCGACGACGUUUGAUGAUAUCCCGACUACGUGGGGGGCCGGGACCACGGGCGUGGCGGGCCCGGAUUCUCAGGAUGGGAAGCCUGUUGGGACGGUGUUUAUUGGUAUUGCGUCCCCUGAUGGAAGUUGGGCGUGCGGGCCCUUUAGCUUUCCCGGGCCGAGAGAACGGGUGCGGGCGGCGACGGUUGUUGAGGCGCUGUCGAGGUUGAGGGACGCACUGGCUGCAAGGAGUGCUGCUUCCACCAAGCCUCGUUCGUGA